AGGAGAAAAAGAAGUAUGUUUUCCUCUCUGGUCAUGUGUGAGGAUGGUUGUUCAGUGGCAGUGUAUACAAACUGGAGACCACAUUCAGAGCAACUAGUGGAAAACGAGAAACAAAACAAACCACAAUCAAUUAUUUCUCUUCAUUAUGAUAAUCUUGUGAAGGAAGCACAGCAACUCUUGGAAGCCUCUUUCCAUCUUUCUCUUUCAACCCAUAUCAUCUUUGACCUGCGAGUCAAGCAACAACAGACUACAGUCGAUAACAACGGUAUGAAAAUGUUGCUCUAUAUGGUAAAUAUUAUUCACAAGUGGAGAACAACAUACAAGCACUGCAUAUUUUCUAUGGUUGUUGGGUCUUGUAGCAAUUCUCUUCUUCUUUCAAAAUGGUCUCUAAUGAUCAACUUGGUUCAACGAGUAGAGGAACAAAAACUAACCACUCUUUUGGAGUCUCUGGAGAAGAAUAUCUUUCUUUGGAAAGGAGCACUCUUUGUUCGAUCAUCGUCCACUUGGCUUGGUUCCGGUAUCGUAAGCGUCACGAGAGAAGGGCAUCGAACGAAUGAAACUCGAUCAUUAUGGCCAUUUUUUCGUCAUCUCGAACCUGUUGGUGAAAUAGAAAAACUUGAUACAGAUACACAUGGAUGGCAUACCAUAAGACUUCCUUGUGAAUUUCGAAUAGAUGACCACGAAAGUGACCUCUUCAAUGAUUGGUACGAAAGGAAAAAUUCAUUUGCUUAUCAAUGGUUUCGAAUAACCUUUCGUACUCAAGGAGGAGUAUCCCGAUCUUGUUUGCUUUGUAAACAAUACAAACAAACGACUUUUCAAAUGCAUACUAUCAUUCCAUUGACCUAUCCAGGUUUCUUUGGUUCCAUAUUCGCUUCUGUCGCUAAGAAAAUUCAUGCAAUGGCUUCUUCUAUUGUUUCUCAGAAAAUGGAAUCAGACUAUCGAGCAACGUUCACAACGAUAUGGAAACGACAUAUACAAAGAAUGGAUGGCGUAGCCGACAUCAAACUAUUUUGGUAUCAUCCCAUAUCUCAUGAACAUUCUUUGAAACCUUUAAAUGAAAAUUGUUCUCCUUCUCAACAUUUGGAAAAUUGUAUGGAAUCACCACAAUCCUCGACCAAGUCUCCACAACGUGGUAACUUUCAGACGAGAAACAACGAUGAACGACAGUAUUCGUCAUUCAUGCCAAACAAAGCAGGGGUGGUGAAAAGAAGGAAAAGAGCUUUGCAUAAGCUUUCACUGAGAAUCAGUCAAAGAGAAUAUAUCGACUCUUCCUUGUCAAUUCAUCAAAAUGAGGAGAUGGAGCAAACUUCAAAAAAACAAUCAGUCUCUUCACAAAAAGAUCCUUCAUUUCAUUCGCUGGACUGGACUCUGAAUGAUAAUCAAAUCGACAACAACUUUGUUCCUUUGUAUCACAAAAUGAUCAAAUACUGGUUUUCCCUUCUAGGAGAGCACUUUCAUAUCGAUAGCGAGGAAUCUCAAUGGCUACAGUAUCCAUUUAUAUCAAGUGCUUGUGAUGAGUUAUACCAAUCUUUAGCUAAGACCUAUCAUCAAAUAGCGACUCAGAUUUCAACAAUGGGCAAAUGAUCACUAGUUCGUUUGUACUGA